UAUGGGUUGUGGAGAGUGGUGGCGUCGCAUGCAGCCUGUCAUCAUACUGAAUGACCCCCCCACCAAAAAAAAAAAAAAAAAAAAAAAAACAUUUCAAUGUCAUGCUUUCCGGUCUGACAGCACCACCACCUCCAGCCCCCACCCCGGACGCCUGGCCCAAGCGCGCGCCUGUUUACACGCGGCACUGGAGAGGUGCGGGUGAGCGAGGAAGAGAGAGAAAGAGAGAGAGGAAUAUCAUUUGCGCGUCCCUCUCCGGCUGCUGCAGAAAGAGGCUGCCGACGCACGUCUGCGGGCGAGUGGACAGGUUGCCGCAUCCACGAAGGAAUCCAAUCACCUCCCAAAAAAGAAAAAUCACAACGGAUGUACUUCUCUUUUGCUGCUUUUUCUACUCAUCUUGCCGAUUUGUGUGUCUGCGUGUGCGUGGAGCUGCGCCGCAGCGGGGAAGACAACUAAGUGACUUGCAGGAUGUGAAAAGCCUGAGCAAGGUGGCUCAAUCCCCAACACCCUCCCCCGACCCCCGACCGCCGGCCCCCCUCCCACACACACACUUUUUCCCUGACUCGCGUGGACAUAUCGCAGCGCAGAGGAAUACUGCACAAAAAAAAGAGGAGAAAUCCCGCGCAGAAAAAUGUGAGUAACAAUGCGAACUGCUCGCACUUACUGCUGCCCCGACUGGCGCCUUUUACGCUCGUGAAAAUUCAGUGGAGCACCAAGACUCGUCUUUUUUGUGUGUUUUUGAUAUUUUUAUUGUUUAUUUUUUGUUACCAGCACCGCUGAGGCGUCAUUUCAAUUCAUAAAUGAGGCGAGAGGGGGAAACUUGCUGCCUUUCACUGCAGCAGGAGUGAUGUAGAAGAAGUCUCACACCCUCAUAAAAGCAGCGUUUUAUUCCAACCUCCUGACGACCACUGAUUUUUGUUUAGUUUUUUUUUGGGGUGAUUUUGGUCGGAAACCGACGAGAGAGCAAUGAGGACUACUGGUGCAGUGGACUAUUUAUACUACUGCAUGCUCAUCCUGCAGUUGGUGCAUCAGCCCGCCGCCAAGCAGGUGCUCCGGUACCGCCUGGCCGAGGAGGGACCGCCGGACGUGCGGGUGGGCAACGUGGCCGCCGACCUGGGCAUCGUCGCGGGCUCCGGCGAGGUGACGUUCACGCUCGAGUCCGGCUCAGAUUUUUUCAAGAUCGACAACAUCACGGGCGAGCUCACCACCAACGAGAGACGGAUCGACCGCGAGAAAUUACAACAGUGCCAAAUGAUAUUCGACGAGAACGAGUGCUUCAUCGAUUUCGAGGUGUCCGUCAUCGGACCGGCCCAGAGCUGGGUUGACCUCUUUGAGGGAAAGGUCAUCAUCUUAGAUAUUAACGAUAACACUCCUUCCUUCCCCUCACCUGUGCUGACCCUGUCUGUGGAGGAAAACAGACCGAUCGGAACUCUUUAUCUGCUGCCCACGGCCACAGACAGAGAUUUUGGCAGGAAUGGGAUCGAGAGGUACGAGCUCAUUCAGGACAGCGUGGAGAACUCCAGGCGCUCCUCGGGAGACCCGUACUCAGGGAAGAGAAGAUUUGACGACGGCGCGAGCAGGAGCAGCGUUUUUGAGCUGCAGGUCGCAGACACCACCGAUGGCGAGAAGCAGCCACAGCUCAUCAUUAAAGGGGCGCUCGAUAGGGAGCAGAGAGACUCUUACGAGCUCACGCUGCGCGUGAGGGACGGGGGCGAUCCCCCUCGUUCCUCCCAGGCCAUCCUGAGGGUAAUGAUCACCGACGUGAACGACAACAGCCCUCGUUUCGAGAAGAGCGUGUAUGAGGCCGACCUGCUGGAGAACAGCUCCCCCGGAGCCCCCAUACUGCAGCUCAAAGCGGCCGACGCAGACGUGGGGGUGAACGGUCAAAUCGAGUACGUGUUCGGGGCGGCCACGGAGUCCGUGCGGCGGAUGCUGAGGUUGGACGAGAGCACAGGGUGGCUAAGUGUGCUGCACCGCAUCGACCGUGAAGAGGUGAGCCAGCUGAGGUUUACGGUGAUGGCCCGUGACCGAGGCCAGCCACCAAAAAUGGACAAGGCCACCGUGGUGCUGAACAUCAAGGACGAGAACGACAACGUCCCCGCCAUAGAGAUACGGAAAAUCGGACGCAUUUUCCUGAAAGACGGCGUCGGCAACGUGGCCGAGGAUGUGGUGGUGGACACGCCCAUCGCCCUUGUGCAGGUGUCGGAUCGCGACCAGGGAGAGAACGGCAUCGUGACCUGCACGGUGGUCGGCGACGUGCCCUUCCAGCUCAAACCGGCCAGCGAGAUGGAGGGCGAGCAGAACAAAAAGAAAUACUUCCUCCAUACGUCGGCGCCACUGGACUACGAGGCCAUGCAGGAGUACAACGUCGUCAUAGUAGCGGUGGAUUCCGGAAGCCCCAGCCUGGCAAGUAAUAACUCUCUUAUUGUCAAAGUGGGCGACACCAAUGACAACGCUCCUGUCUUUAACCUGAACGUAGUGGAGGUGUCAUUCCCAGAGAACAAUGCUCCAGGCGAGAGGGUGACAACGGUGGCCGCCAAUGACGCAGACAGCGGGAAGAAUGCGGAAAUAAUGUAUUCCCUCGACCCGUCAGUAAAUGGGAUUUUCUCCGUUGACGCAGACAGCGGCGACAUCCGAGUGAACGCCAUCCUGGACCGAGAGCAGACAGAGCGCUAUGAAUUUAAAGUGAUAGCUAAAGAUAAGGGCGUAAACACCCUACAGGGCUCUGCGACGGUAGUUGUCCUCGUGGCAGACAAAAAUGACAAUGAGCCAAAGUUCAUGCAAGAUGUAUUUACAUUCUAUGUCAAAGAGAACCUUGAGCCAAACAGCCCCGUUGGCAUGGUCACAGUCAUCGAUGCAGAUAAAGGUCAAAAUGCAGAAAUGAGUCUUUUUAUUGAGGAGGAGGAAGAUAUCUUUUCAAUCGAAAACGAUACCGGGACCAUUUUCUCCACCCUGUCCUUUGACCGAGAGCAGAAAACCACGUACACUUUCCGUGUGAAGGCCAUGGACAGGGGCGACCCGCCCCGGUCGGCCACUGCCACCGUCUCGUUGUUUGUCAUGGAUGACAAUGACAACGCACCAACCGUCACGUUCCCUAUAAACAGUUCCUACACCCUCCUCCCGCCCUCCAGCAACAUCAGAACCGUAGUGAGGACGGUCAUUGCCACAGACACCGACACAGGCAUCAACGCAGACCUCAACUAUAGCAUCGUCGGCGGGAACCCCUUUAGGCUGUUUGAGAUCGACGGGGGAACCGGUGUGAUUUCACUGGUUGGAAAACUCGAGCAGAAGCACUACGGACUGCACCGGCUCGUUGUCCGGGUGAACGACAGUGGGCAGCCCUCCCAGAGCACCACUACACUCGUCCACGUCUAUGUUAAUGAGACUCUUUCCAAUUCCACUGUUGUGGAGGCACAGGUGGCAAAGAGCCUAAGCACGUCUCUCAACACCAACAUCGCCGGUGACCCCAAUUAUGACCUGAGCAAACAACGUCUGAGCAUCGUCAUCGGUGUUGUUUCGGGAAUCAUGACGGUCAUCCUCAUCAUCCUGGUGGUCGUCAUGGCCCGCUACUGCCGCCCCAAGAAUAAGAACGGCUACGAGGCUGGCAAGAAGGACCACGAGGACUUCUUCACGCCACAGCAACACGACAAGUCCAAGAAGCCCAAAAAAGACAAGCGCAAGCAGAAAUCCAAGCAGCCGCUCUACAGCAGUAUCGUCACGGUGGAAGCCUCCAAACCCAACGGUCAGCGCUACGACGGCGUCAACGAGAAGCUGUCAGACAGCCCUGGCAUGGGCCGGUACCGUUCGGUCAACGGAGGCCCCGGCAGUCCCGAUCUGGCCCGGCACUACAAGUCCAGCUCACCACUCCCCACCGUCCAGCUUCACCCGCAGUCGCCCACGGCUGGCAAAAAGCACCAGGCCGUUCAGGACCUGCCCCCAGCCAAUACCUUUGUUGGCACCGGAGAUAACAUUUCACUGGGAUCAGACCACUGCUCUGACUACAGCAGUCAGACCAUCAACAAGUACAACAAACAGCCGUUUCGCCGAGUGACCUUCUCGGUGGUGAGCCAGCCCCAGGACCCUCACCAGCAGGGAUCGCUGCAGAGCUGCUACGACAGCGGCCUGGACGAGUCCGAGACGCCGAGCAGCAAGAGUUCGUCGGGGCCCCGACUGGGUGCCCUGCCGCUGCCCGAGGACAGCUACGAGAGGACCACGCCGGAUGGCAGUGUCGAUUCACGGCCAUUGCCUGACGUAGCCAUGACCGGCAAGUGCACCCGGGAAUGCGACGAGUACGGCCACUCUGACUCCUGCUGGAUGCCCGUCCGCACGUCGCCCGAACGGCGGCCAUCCAAGUCCACCACCAACCCCCAACAACCAAAGCUUUCCACUUUCAUGAGCGGCAACAGUAGCAGCAGCAGCAGCAGCAGCAGCCAAGAGCAGCCCGGCAGCCAAGAGACCCUCGCCAUGGCCGCCGUGGCCAACGGCGACCCCGCCGCCGGCCACAUGCUGGGCGACCGCAAUCGCAACCUACUUAGUAAGAAGAUGGCUUCCUCCUCCUCGUCCUACGAGGCCUUCGGCUCGCCGUCUUACGGCUCACCUCCGUACGGCUCGCCCGGAGGCGCAGAGGAGACGCUGGGCCAUCCCACCGAAGAGAUCCCGAUGGCGCCCACCGGGGAGUACAAGCCCACCUCCUGUGGUACUCUGACCCGACGGGAGGUGUACCUGUGAGCUGACACGACUUCUGGGGUCACAAAUUUGCGCGUGGUAGCACACUACUACAAGCUUACGGAGCCUUGCUAGUUUAGCCACCGACUUGUACCGACUGAGGUCGGACUAAAACGACUCCAAAGACUUUUACAACAAAAACGUAAAGACAGUGGCCUUUUUUGUUUUUUAAGCGCUACUAUUGGGAUGCUCUAGCGACACGGUCUGCUGCCGGAUAGUCCACCUGUACAAUAGGACAACUUAUUUUUCACAUUAAACACGCACACACACACACACUACAUGCAUGCAUCCACAUCCAUCACCAAACAGACACCCCUGUUAUUUAAAAAAAAAAAAAAAAAAAAAAAAAAAGCAUCUUUUCUCUAAAAUAGAGGCAAACCUUGCUUCAAAGUAUGUCUGGAUAUGACUGCUUUCUUCUUUUGGAACUGGCCGCAACAAUAGAUAGGAUAAUCGGUCGCAAUCAUUUGGAAGGAGAUGUCGGCAAAGACUCAAAGUCAGAAAUAUGCUGCGCUUACGUCCCAUGCGCCAAGACUCUCGGGCGCGAGCGACAUGCACUCUGUAGUGAUGAAACAUUGUACAGAAACACUUGGGACUACAUUUCUUCUUUUUCCCUCCUCCUCGCUUUAAGUCUCGAUUAUGAUUGGUGAGGCCGAGCCACCCCCCCACCAGCCUCCCUGCGAAGCGGAACAUCUGGGCUGCAGACUUUGCACCGUUGCGGUUGUCACGCCGAGUACCUGAUUCAUGAAUUUAACGAGGCCGAUAUAUUCCUGGUAAGCAAGUGAGCGGAUAUGUACGGGCCAGAUGCGCACAUGUGUAUAGGCUAUACUUUAAGUAGUACAACAGUAGGUUCAUGAUUGAGUGCUAGUCUAAAAACAUUUUUUUUUUUUUUUUUGUUUUGUUUUUAGCUUUUACUUCAUCGUGGGACAGACUGAGCAAUAAAUAUCAUCAUGUAAACAUUUACCAUCAAUCAAUCAUAAUUUUGGGAUGUUUUCUUUCAUUAUUCCCCUUCAAGCGUUCAACGGUAACUAACACUAAUGUCGCUCUCCGCAGCCCACGGCAUCUUUUUGAGCAGGAAUGUAAGAAUCAGCUCAAGCAAACUGAAAACAAUCAAAAAGAUACAGAUAAUUGACUUUACGUUUUAUUUCCUGCGUGUUUUAUGCCAGACACUGAACUUCAAACAUUCCACGUUUUUGGAGUGUUAUUGCCAAUUGACGGGAUUUAUUGUCCCACUCACACACACAGUGGCUUCUUUCUGUCAGUAUAAUGAAUCAGAAAUGCAAUGGAUUUUUAUUUUGGAUUUUUAUUUUUUUGGCGUAUGUUAGCAAAGCCCUUUGGGAUUGAAUGGAGUGGCAAUUUCUGCAUUCUGGCUCUCUAUAGUCUGUAAGUACGACUCGUCAGAAAGACCGUGCUCCUAUACUCAAUUGUAUACGUGAAUAUUUACUUUUUUUACUGCACGCUUUAUGGAACUUACUUCGCUUCAUGAGAAGGAACAAGAAAAGAAAAUAUAAAACAAAAUGUAGAAAAAAAUACCCUGUAACAUUGGAAUCCACCUUGUCGCUUGCUUACUUUAUAACUAAUGAAACAUUAGCCAUGUAGUACAACUUAGUACAUUGAUUUCUCGUUUGGGUAUUUCAUAUCACACAACCCACUAAAUUCUCCCUGCGUUUUCCCAAUGGAUUAAAUUUACAUCACUGUUAACGACAGCUGAAAUUGUAGAGAUGAUCAUGAAAUUGUACUGUGUAUUUGGACUCCCCCCCCCCUCCCCCCCUUUAUCUGGUGUCACUUUGUAUAUCUUCAUUGCUUCUGAACAAAGACAAAAAGAGUGAAUGCAAAAAUUGCAAUUGUGCCUUUUUAUACCAAUUGGUAUGAUUCUACGUUGGCCUGGAACGGACUGGGGACACAUUUCCAUACGUGCUGUGGAAGACUUCCUGGGGGGGGGGGGGAUUCGCCAGUCAGAUGUCAGUGAGCCAAACUUUGAACUGGGCCUAAAUCUCCUGUUAAAAUAUACGUUCCGAGUGCAGUGCAUUACUGAAUGAUUCCGGGUACGUUCGAAAAGUUGCUCGUCGGUCGUGAGCAUAACGAUGUCACGGGUUAUUUGUCGCGCUCCCCUGAUGUAAGUGCGCUCGCUCGGCAAUUUAUCGGCCGCCGUUCAUCUAAAAAUACAGCGGCGACGCAAUCAAUUGGGGUGAUUAUGAUGAUGAUGACAGAAUUAUAUGAAUUGCCAAUCCCAUUGAUUGGGAAAGAGAUCAUUGAAAUUAUGAUCUCAUCGCUUGUAUUUGUUCACGCUGCGUAGGAUAAAUUGACGAGCGUGCGAGACAUCAGACGUUCUUUGCAUGAAACAAGCUCUAGGAAUGCAUAUAGAGGCAUAGAAAGGUAGCGUGCUAGUUGGGAGCGGGGGGAUGUGGGCCCCCCCAAAAAAAUAACUUGGAGACAUUCAACUUCUCAUAGUUGGGGGGAGGGGGCUAUAGAUGAAAACUAUAACUGCGAUGGUUCCACUCCUCUGCUGCCUGAGGUGCGUGCUCAGCCCGAGCCCUCGCGUAUCCACAACGUGUAACCAGAUUUGUCAUAUUAACCAUUACUAUUUGUCCUAGCGACUUGGAUGUUGAUAUAGCAAUCGAGGAAACCCGACUUAUCAUUGUGAAAUAUGAGUCACUAUGCACGCAGCUUAGCUGAACAUGGCAACGUGUAUUGAACGCAAGUCCACUUCUAUUUAUGAGAUAUUUUAUGUAAGUUAAUUUGCUUUUGUACAGGUUCGUGUAAAUAAAGCGCUUGUCAUUUUUGUCCCUGCAAAAAUUAAAAUAUAACAUGGUAAAUCUUCACCGUGUCCACGCUUCUGUCCAUUUCA